AUGUCUGCAGUGUUCUGGAGGCCUCGCAGGAACACUGUCUCAUACAGCGACAGACACAAACCUACGCUGGUCAAGCAGAGGUGUCUAACCCUGUUCACAGCCUGUGAGCUGGGUGUGUUUGACCUGCUGGCCUCGUCACAGCACCCCCUGUCUCUAGAGGAGGUAGCACUGGGAAUCAGGGCCAGCCAGGACGGGACUGAGAGGCUCCUGGCAGCCUUGAUGUACAGUAACACAGAGCAGUCCAGUGUGUAUCUGACCCAGUCCAGUCCAGUGUCCCUGACCCAGUCCAUCCACUACAGCUCCAAGACCAUCUACCUCUGCUGGCACUACCUGACUGACGCUGUGAGGGAGGGCAGUAACCAGUAUGAGAAGGCGUUCGGUGUCAAAUCUGAACAUCUGUUUGAAGCCCUGUACAGGUCUGAGGAGGAGAUGGUAAAGUUUAUGCAGCUGAUGAACUCCAUCUGGAACAUCUGUGGUCGAGACGUGGUAACGGCCUUCAACCUCUCACCUUUCACAACCAUCUACGACCUCGGGGGUUGUAGUGGAGCGCUAGCCAAGCAGUGUGUGUUGGUGUACCCAGAAUGCACUGUGACGAUCUUUGACCUCCCUAAGGUGGUAAAGACAUCCAGAGAACACUUUGUUACCGACGACAACCAGAGGGUCAGCUUCCAUGAAGGGGACUUUUUCAAAGAUGCACUGCCAGAUGCUGACCUCUAUAUUCUGGCGAGAAUCCUUCAUGACUGGACAGACGUGCGCAGCAUAGAACUACUGACCAAAGUCUACAGGGCCUGCAGACCAGGAGGCGGUGUGUUGGUGGUAGAGGCGUUGCUGUGUGAAGACGGGUCAGGGCCUCUGACAGCCCAGCUGUACUCUCUGAACAUGCUGGUGCAGACGGAGGGGAAAGAGCGGACGGCAGCAGAGUACACUGCCCUGCUGACAGCCGCAGGGUUUCAAAACAUACAGGUGGAGAGGACAGGCAAGAUCUAUGAUGCUGUCCUGGGACGCAAGUAG